CCAAUGAGCACGACACCCGCUCCUACCCCACCCCCACAGUGCGGACCCUGGAGUCCCUUCUCUCCCUGUGACCGUCCCUGUGGCGGCGGCGUCCAGUCUCGGUACAGAGAGUGCUGCGGCGUCUGUAACCCGGUGACCGUGCAGACCAGGACGUGUAACCCCCAGGAAUGCCCCGUGAACGGCGGAUGGCAGAUGUGGGGAAUGUGGACGCAGUGCACAGCAUCCUGUAAUGGCGGCUUCAGAGGUCGUAUCCGCUCGUGCUCCAAUCCUGCACCACGAGGAGGUGGCUUCCAAUGUCAAGGUCCCGGCCUUGAACUUCAGGCUUGUAACAGCGGCCCCUGUGUCAUCGACGUAAACGGUAACUGGGGGAUGUGGUCAGCGUGGUCUCAGUGCUCGCAGUCGUGUUCUGGCGGCGUUCGUUCUCGUACCAGGCUGUGUAACAGUCCACCCCCACAGGGCAACGGACAGAUGUGCGUUGGAAGCAGUAUGCAGACCGAGUCCUGUGGACAGCCGUGCUGUACACCCAAAGCGGUGAGCCAUAACUGUUUCAGUAACCAGGGACCAUUGUUGAACUGCAAUAACGAGGGUCCCAUGAAGAUCAUCGCGGUGCAGGAGUGCCGUGACUUGUCAGACAACCAGUGUAUUGCAGCACCGUACAAAGCACAGAUGUUAUCGACCUUAUGCGAUGGCCAAAGAUACAUGUGUAACACCAACAACGCAUGCGCUGGGAACGACAUCGCCAAGAUAAGGAUCGCCUACCAGUGCUGUUAGAAUGGACGUAUUAGAUUGCGCCUGCCAAUAUUAAGAUGC